AUGAACGGCUACGGCUCCCCUUACCUGUACAUGGGCGGCCCGGUGUCGCAGCCGCCGCGGGCGCCCCUGCAGCGCACCCCCAAGUGCGCGCGCUGCCGCAACCACGGCGUCCUGUCGUGGCUCAAGGGCCACAAGCGCUACUGCCGCUUCAAGGACUGCACCUGCGAGAAGUGCAUCCUCAUCAUCGAGCGCCAGCGGGUGAUGGCCGCGCAGGUGGCGCUGCGGCGACAGCAGGCCAACGAGAGCCUGGAGAGCCUCAUCCCCGACUCGCUGCGCGCCCUCCCGGGACCCCCGCCGCCCGGAGAUGCCGCGGCCGCCCCGCCACCGCCGCCAACCGCGCAGCCAACGUCGCAGGCGCCGCCGCCGCCGCCUCCUCCGCGGCCCGCUGCCGAGCUGGCUGCGGCCGCCGCGCUGCGCUGGGCGGCCGAGUCUCAGCCCGGAGCGCUGCCGGCGCCGAUCGCCAAGCCAGAUCUGACUGAGGAACGGCUUGUGGAUGGCAGCACUCCCGACAACCCAGAGGCUUUCAGUGACAAAGACACCGACCAGAGGAGCUCCCCUGAUGCUGUGAAGAGCAAGAGCAGCUUCACCCCCGAGAGCCCCGAGAUUGUGUCUGUGGAUGAAGGCAGCUAUGCCACUGUCCAGAAGAACGGGGGCAGCUCAGAGGGCCGCCCAGACAGCCCCAAAUACCAUGGGGAGCAGAACCACCUCCUGAUCGAGGGCCCCUCUGGAACUGUCUCUCUGCCUUUUAGCCUGAAAGCCAACAGGCCACCCCUGGAAGUGUUAAAGAAAAUAUUCCCCAACCAGAAGCCCACAGUGCUGGAGCUGAUCCUGAAGGGCUGUGGCGGGGACCUGGUAAGUGCUGUGGAGGUGCUGCUGUCCAGCCGGGCUUCUGUGUCCGCAGCAGCUGACCGAACUGCCACCGAGCCCGAGGGCCUAGUGCUGCCCUCGAAUGGGCACAUCUUCGAACACACCCUGAGCUCCUACCCCAUCUCCUCCUCCAAGUGGUCCGUGGGCUCUGCCUUCCGAGUCCCUGACUCCUUGAGGUUUUCCGCUGACUCCACUAACGUUGUCCCCAGCCCCUUGGCUGUGCCUCUGCAGCACCCGUUCCCCCAGCCGCCCCGGUACCCUCUGAUGCUGAGGAAUACUUUGGCGAGAAACCAAUCGAGCCCCUUUCUACCCAACGACGUCACCCUGUGGAACACGAUGACGCUGCAGCAGCAGUACCAGCUGAGGUCCCAGUACGUCAGCCCCUUCCCCAGUAACUCUGCCAGCGUCUUCAGGAGCUCACCUGUCCUCCCCACGCGUGCCGCCGAGGACCCCCGGAUCUCCAUCCCCGAAGACGGGUGUCCUAUGGUGUCCAAGCAGUCCAUGUACAGUGAGGAGGACUACGACGAACGGUCCGACUCCUCAGACUCUAGAAUACUCAACACGUCAUCCUAAAGUAGGGGUGGAUGGCUGCAGGUGACAUUUUCUGUGUAUUUGA